UCUGUGGCAACUGAAGCAAUUAUUGGCCUUUGCUCACAAACACAACUCACUCAUUUCUCCCUUUUCUCCUGCUUUUUCAUCGUUUCUUCCACCCAGGGCUGGUGCCUAGGUGGGAUGACUGAAAGGUGAGGAAGCCCUCAGAGCAUUUGCCAAUGGGAGCCAUUCAUUUGACUUCAAAGUACUGAGAAUUUAGAGGCGUUCUUUUAAAUGCAUUAUUUAAAAAGGUAACACAUUAAGGACUUUGCUGCAUCUUUUGAUUGGCUUUCCUCUAGGAAGUAGUGACCGAGGUUUCCACUUUCCUGCAAGAGGAAGAGACAGAAUUUUUGGCAAAUAGGUAAAUGCUGGGAACAUCCUGACUGGCUGAGUGUUGGGAAAGAGAGGCAGUUGGAGGGAUAUUUGGGUUCCUGGGAGGGUGUGGGUGAUGCCAAGGAGGCUAUGGGAGUCAGGAUCACACUUGCAAAGGAGAAGACCCUUAUGGGACAAGUAAAAUCAGUGUAGUUUCUUGGGCGGGGCAAAGGCGUCCUGAUGAGGAUGCUAGGGAUCAAAUGUGUGGCUGGGCUCUGCCCCAAUCAGGAAUGAGACAGACAGGACUAAAGUGGAACAGAGGGGUAGCAGCAAGACACAAGACAAGGUCCUUGAGCUUCUUGGAGCGAGUGGGGGAAGCAGAUAAUUUCAGAUGCAAAGUGCCUUGAAUAAACAGAACGAAAGAGAGCCAGUGGGGGAGAAAUGGCCUGGUGUGGUCAGGGCAGGCCUCCAUGAGACCUGAAUGAAGAGGGGGCGUUCCAGACAAAGGGAACAGUGAUCACAGAGGCCCAGCUAAGGGUCUUAGAGAAGAGCACAGAGGAACCAGCUAAGGGUCUUAGAGAAGAGCUGCCUGGUAAAGCUGAGCAACAAUAACCAGGGAACGGUGGGCAUGGGCCCUGAUAGCCAAGGCAGGUCUUGGCUUUUUAAGCCAUAGAAUUGGAUUUUAGGAGGGAUGGGCCCGCCGACAAAGCCAACAAAGUUUUAAGCUGAAGAUCGCUAUUUACUUAUUUAUUCUUUAAAAAGACCUCUGGCCUUUCUGCGAAGCUCUAUCCUUAGCUUUGUCUUGUUAAUAUUUUGAUUAACAAAUGAGGGCACGAACAGCUAGCUGACCAACCACGCGCGCAGUCGCGUGGGUUCAUUGCCUUGGGAGGGACCCACUGGAGGCCCCGCCCCCGAGGCCCUACGGGCGUGGCCUCUGCCCCGAGUCCCGCCCCCCAGCCGCCAGGAACAGCGCGUUCGCCGCGGGAGGUCGUGAACCCUGGGGCAGUGUUUGCCGCCCAUGGCCGCCGCGCUGCUCGCCCGGGCCUCUGGCCCUGUCCGCAGAGCUCUCUGUCCUAGGGCCUGGCGGCAGUUACACACCAUCUACCAGUCUGUGGAACUGCCUGAGACACACCAGAUGUUGCUCCAGACAUGCCGGGACUUUGCGGAGAAGGAGUUGUUUCCCAUUGCAGCCCAGGUGGAUAAGGAACAUCUCUUCCCAGCGGCUCAGGUGAAGAAGAUGGGCGGGCUCGGGCUUCUGGCCAUGGACGUGCCCGAGGAGCUUGGCGGUGCCGGCCUUGAUUACCUGGCCUACGCCAUCGCCAUGGAGGAGAUCAGCCGCGGCUGCGCCUCCACUGGAGUCAUCAUGAGUGUCAACAACUCUCUCUACCUGGGGCCCAUCUUGAAGUUUGGCUCCAAGGAGCAGAAGCAGAAGUGGGUCACGCCUUUCACCAGUGGUGACAAAAUUGGCUGCUUUGCCCUCAGCGAACCAGAGCCUUCUCUCCUCGGCCCGACUGGGCCUAUUUUUGCUCUAGGGCAAGUGGGCUGUCCCUGUCCCUCCCCAGCUGCCACUGAAGUCUGCACCUUCCCCAGAAGCUGGCAGAGGGCGUCAGGGCCUGAGCUUCCGAGGGAGGGCAUCAGUGCCUUCCUGGUCCCCAUGCCAACGCCGGGGCUCACGUUGGGGAAGAAGGAAGACAAGCUGGGCAUCCGGGGCUCAUCCACGGCCAACCUCAUCUUUGAGGACUGUCGCAUCCCCAAGGACAGCAUCCUGGGGGAGCCGGGGAUGGGCUUCAAGAUAGCCAUGCAAACCCUGGACAUGGGCCGCAUCGGCAUCGCCUCCCAGGCCCUGGGCAUUGCCCAGACCGCUCUCGAUUGUGCUGUGAACUACGCUGAGAGUCGCAUGGCCUUCGGGGCGCCCCUCACCAAGCUCCAGGUCAUCCAGUUCAAGUUGGCAGACAUGGCCCUGGCCCUGGAGAGUGCCCGGCUGCUGACCUGGCGCGCUGCCAUGCUGAAGGAUAACAAGAAGCCUUUCAUCAAGGAGGCAGCCAUGGCCAAGCUGGCUGCCUCGGAGGCUGCGACCGCCAUCAGCCACCAGGCCAUCCAGAUCCUGGGCGGCAUGGGCUAUGUGACAGAGAUGCCAGCAGAACGGCACUACCGCGAUGCCCGUAUCACUGAGAUCUACGAGGGCACCAGUGAAAUCCAGCGGCUGGUGAUCGCCGGGCACCUGCUCAGGAGCUACCGGAGCUGAGCCCGUGGCCGGCUGCCCGAGGACUACGGGAAGGCGUGGGAGCCAGGGCCUCCACCCUGACCCCGGCUCAGAGACUGGGUGGCCCGGCAGGGGCUCUCUGGGGCCCCGGUCCCCUGGACUGGCCGACGGGCUCAGUGCUGCCACCCAGAUCAGACCGCAAGGGAAUGAGGCCCUCCGACCACUGGCAGCUCUACCUCUGGGCCUUUCUGCCUCCUCACCACUGUGCCUCAUGUUCCUCACCUGAGUGGCCCUGGCCUCCUGGGGGCGGGGUUGUGGGGGGAAGUGAGUGACACUCAGGGACGCCUCAGUUGUGCUCCCGGGGGCCCUGGUGCCCCGGCAUGAAGACCCAGUGGGACAGGCCCUUGGUGGGGUCUGUCUUUUCCUUGAGGUCAGAGGUCAGGAGCAGGGCUGGGGCCAGAAUGACGAGGCCCAGGGUCCUGGUGUUGAGCAGGCGGUGGGGCUGGGCCAUGGAGCUGGCCCGGAGGCCCCUCAGCUCUUCGUAAAGUCUGAUGAGGGCAGGGGUGGUGAUUCAUGUCGUGGGACUGAGCGUGGGUAAUAAACACACCUGUCCCCCA